AUUUCCCAGAGUUCCGCGGGAGGGCCCGACCUGGUCCCGCUCCCUCCACCUAGCCCCAGCGCGUGGCAGGACUCAGCCGGCGCCUGAAGCCGCUCCCCGGGGAGGUCGGGUAAGGCGCAGGUGCAGCCAACAUGGAUGAGCCCCAGGGGUCCAUGCGGAUCCUAGUGACUGGGGGCUCUGGGCUGGUGGGCAGAGCCAUCCAGAAGGUGGUAGCAGAUGGGGCCAGGCUGCCCGGAGAGGACUGGGUGUUUGUUUCUUCCAAGGAUGCUGAUCUUACGGACGCUGCACAGACCCGAGCGCUGUUUGAAAAAGUCCGGCCCACACGUGUCAUCCAUCUUGCUGCAAUGGUGGGGGGCCUGUUCCGGAAUAUCAAAUACAAUUUGGACUUCUGGAGGAAAAACAUACACAUCAACGACAACGUGCUGCACUCGGCCUUCGAGGUGGGGGCGCGAAAGGUGGUCUCCUGCUUGUCUACCUGCAUCUUCCCCGACAAGACCAGCUACCCUAUAGAUGAGACCAUGAUUCACAACGGACCCCCGCACAGCAGCAAUUUUGGCUACUCUUACGCCAAGAGGAUGAUCGACGUGCAGAACAGGGCCUACUUUCAGCAGCACGGCUGCACCUUCACCGCUGUCAUCCCCACCAACGUCUUUGGGCCCCAUGACAACUUCAGCAUCGAGGACGGCCAUGUGCUGCCUGGCCUCAUCCACAAGGUGCACCUGGCCAAGAGUCGCGGCUCAGCCUUGACAGUGUGGGGCACAGGGAGGCCUCGGAGGCAGUUCAUCUACUCACUGGACCUGGCCCGGCUCUUUAUCUGGGUCCUGCGGGAGUACGAUGAGGUGGAGCCCAUCAUCCUGUCAGUGGGCGAGGAGGAUGAGCUGUCCAUCCAGGAGGUGGCCGAGGCCGUGGUGGAGGCCAUGGACUUCCAUGGGGAGGUCACCUUUGAUACAACCAAGUCGGACGGGCAGUUUAAGAAGACGGCCAGUAAUGGCAAGCUGCGGGCCUACCUGCCCGACUUCCGGUUCACGCCCUUCAAGCAGGCCGUGCAGGAGACCUGUGCCUGGUUCACUGACAACUACGAGCAGGCCCGGAAGUGAAGUGCGCCGCGGGAGCGGGUGCCGCCUUCUCCCCGGCGCUCAGCCGGCAGAGCCCAGCGGCGGCCACUCAGAACCUGCCGGGGCUGAGGGCGCUGCCCUCGUGGCGGCGGGCCCCUGCUCCACGCCCUCUGCCUGGGCAGGCCUGGCUAACUGUCCGGUGAGGCCCACCGUUCACACCGUCCUCAGGGAAGCCGAGGCCUGGCCAGGCCCGGCACCCUGCUGCCCAACGCCAGCCGCAGAGCGUGUACACUUCUGAUCCCUGGGAGCCAAUAAAGUGCAUUUCCACA